GGCUCUGUUCAGACACGCAGAAAAUCUUGCUCCCUACUGAGCUUUACCAAACGGAUAUUUAAACGUCACCCGACAGAGACACCACCACUACCAGCUCCAAACUGCUGCGAUGUGUAAAGGACUAGCAUCACUGCCUACCUGCUGCUUGGAAAGGGCCAAGGAGCUGAAAGCAAGGCUGGGAAGCAUUUUGCAGAAAACCAAUUGGAAUAUUUCUGGCUGCAAAACAGGGCAAAAUAAGCCAACUCUGGAGGAAUGCCUUAGGUGGAAACAGUCCUUCGAAAAACUCCUGUCUAGCAAAUAUGGACUGUGUGCCUUCACAACCUUCCUGGUAUCGGAGUUCAGCGAGGAGAACAUUGCGUUCUACUUUGCCUGUGAGGAUUACAGGAGUACCAAGUCUCCUGCCAAACUACCAGCCAAAGCCCAGAAGAUCUAUGAUGAAUUCAUCGGCAGCGACGCUCCCCGGGAGAUUAACAUUGACCACGAAACCCGUGACAUCACCAAAGCCAACAUGCUGGUGCUGUCACCUUCUUGCUUCGACCUGGCCCAGCACAAGAUCUACAUGCUCAUGGCCAAAGACUGCUACCCUCGCUUCCUCCGCUCUCCAGCCUACAGGGAUCUAGUGUGCCAAGCCACACCAAGUGCCAAGGCCACCAAGCAGCUCCGGGAGGAAAAGAAGGCGUGAAAUCUCUAUGUGAGCCGAUGGAGGAUUGUUAGUGGUCACCUCAAGGGUUGAGAAGGCAUGGCAUUAAGUGCUGCAUCAUGAAGUUGGACGUGGUUGCAGACACAGAGAUAGUAAUGAGAGCAGCGUGGAUGGCCGUAUUCUGUAGACGCCAUCUAUUCAAAGAUAAGGAUAAAGUGAAAAGGAAAAUAGAAGAAAAGUUGAUGCCUUAAGUGGACUGUUGUGUGAAUACAGAUGACGUUUGGACAGCAAAGUCUAGAGAGUAGAGUGACAAUCAAACAGGAGGUCAGGAGAAGUGGGAAAUGCACUUUUCUUUGCCAUUAGGCAAACUUUUGUGGUUAUAAUGUGCAAUGUCUGUCAAAAUCUUACACUGUUUGUGAACAGGCAUGUAGGGUACUCUAUGAUUUUGUAUUUAUUUGUAUUUAUUUGCCUGUAAUAUACAGUAUUUGUUGCAUUUUUACCAAACAAAUAAGAAAAAAAAUGUGUAAUAUAAUUUAUAAUAUAAUAUUUAUAUCACUGUUGUCUUUUUUUUACGUGCCAGCAAAUAAACUAAAUUAUUUGAAAAAUAAAGUAUGAAAAAAUA